CCCACGUUCUCCUGCCUUUCUCCAAAGGGUUUCCGUGGUGUAUGGGGAGCCGGAGUAGAGAUUGAAGUUCCCCAGUGGCUCUGAAUAGGAAUCCCCUCUACAGUAUUCCUGAAAAGCGGUCAUCUGGCCUCUGCUUGAAUACUUCCUGGGACAGGGAACUCCAUGCCAAUAGCUCUGGUUGUUAGGAAGUUCCUCCUUAUCUUCACUCUCUUUGGCUUGGAGGAGGCGUAGAUGGCACAUGCCUUGGACACACGUCGGCAACAGAAGGAAAGGUUCCUCAGAGCCAUGCAUGCCCUUCAAGCCACAUCUGAUCGUACCCUACAGGUGGCCAGCCCACUCCUGGAACACCCUAGAGGCUUGGGACUGCUCACUGGCCCUCACCUUCACCAACUGGCGCAACAAAGCCAAGGCCUGUGUGUGGAGCUGGACCAUGUGGGUCACCUCCUCCGAUUCCAGCAGGACCGGCUUCUGAGACGAAUCCCCACUCCGGGUGGGGUCAGAGGCUUGCACUGCUCCGUGGAUGGUAUGCUCUACCUGACCUUUGAGGAAGCCCCCUGCAUCCAAAUCCUUGACCUCUCUGGCCACUCUCUCCACUCUCUCCCUUGCAGCCUGCCAGGGACAGGAGCCUUUGUGUCAGAAGAUGUGACUGUGACGGGGUCAGGGUUAGUACUGGUCAGCAGUCUGGUCCAUAGAGCAGUCUAUGCCUUCUACCACCCUUCUAAGGCCUCCCAAGGUGAAUGGGCGAAAAUCUUGACCUUUGAAUCCCCGAGAGGACUGGGAGUGGAUGCUCUGGGACGCUUCCUGGUAGCAGACUAUGUCUCAGGUUUAGUCCACAGUUUUUCACUGGGCUCAUCACUCAAGGCCAUUGGUCUGACCACUGUCCCAGGCCUGUGCGGCCCCCGUUAUGUGAGUAAUGGCCCAGAUGGGGGCUUUGUGGUGAGUGAAGAGUGUGGAGAUGUCCAGCUCUUUGGCCAUGCUCAUCAGCCACUGGGCUCGCUGGGCAGCCGGCUUGAGCACCCAUUUGGUAACCCGGCUGGUGUCUGCACUGAUGCCCAGGGCAACAUAAUUGUUGUUGAUGAACAGCGAAAAGAAGUAACCCUAUUCCCAAGGGCUGGGCCCCCGGUCAGAGUGGUAUCUAAAGGUCUGCAGAGGCCUACAGGGGUGGCCUGUGCCUCCCAUGGUCGAUUGUUGGUAGCUGACAAUGGAGAUAACUGUGUCAAAAUCUUUAAAUACCAAAUGUAGCCUUUAAGAUAGGACAGAGGGCAUAGGGCGGGAAGAGAGGGAGAUUCUCUGCUCCAGACACUAAGGUGAGUACCAGUACUUCAAGAAGCAAGGGUCAGAAGUCCUGUGUUCUUGUCCUGACUAUCCAUGCUAGAAUGCACUGCAUCUGUGCCUCACUUUCCCCAUCUGAACUGUGAGAAGACUUAUUCCAGUUUGCAAAAGUUUCUUUCCAAAUGGAGUGAGAGAAACACAUCAUGGAACAUCACAGCUAUUUGCUGACAUGCACCAUGUUUCUGGGACUCUUGGCCCUGACUCCCAGGAGUAGGGGGCUGAAUGGGGUUCACAUAGCUCCAGGUAGAGAUUCUGGGUCCGAAAGUUAAUCCAGCAUCAACCAAUCAACCAACAAGUCUUUCCCCAGUCUCUUAUGUGCCCCUCAUCUACUGUGCUAUGUAAAAGGUUGUAGUAUUGCCGGGAGGGGGGGGGAACAGAAUACUGGGGGUAGAGAAAGGAGGCAGCAGAGAUUCAGUCCCUUCCCUGAAGGACUUCAUAGUCUCUGAGGAAGUCAACAACUAUGGAUAUCCAUUUCUUUUUAUCAUGGGGCAGCUAAGUGGAGCAGUGCAUAGGAGUGCCAGGCCUGGAGGCAGGA